AUGGUGACCAGUUGGCUUAUAGCCGUUUAUUUCUAUUUUUCUUGUUCUUUGAUCGCAGAUGCGGGUAAGUAUUACCAAAAACUGUUAUUUUUCCAUCAACAUUCUUAUUUAUGUUAUCAAUGUUGAUUGUAUUUAUAUUAUGAUAAGCAAACAGUUACAUUUUGUUUUCAUUUCAAAAAAAAUCAGAUUUUUUCUGUAUCAUCAAAGAAUCAAGCCCCCAAAACGUCUACCCACCUUUCAAAACUUGUUUCAAUCCUUCAUACAACGUUGUACUCCUCGGCACUCAAUUACACUUCUUGAUAUUCCUUGUUUCACUCUCGUUUAGAUUCUUUUCGUCCAAUUCGUUCGAGAAACACCAGAGAAAAACAGAGAAUAAAUAAUGAACGCAUCGAAAUUUUGAAUUUUCGUUGGUCGCUAAAAAAUGGGCAGGCGGAAUCUCGUUGUUUUAUUUUUAUUUAUUUUUUCGGAAAACAGCCUUGUUGGAACAUUAAUCGGAAAAUAAAAGUCAUGUGACUUUUUUAUAUUAAAAAACAUUUUUUAUCGCAAAAAAUUAUUUCAGAUAUGGCAACUCUCACAUUACACGGUGUCACAGAUCAGUUAAACAGUGAUAAUGAACAGGUGAAUUUUUUGGGAAUAGAUUCUUGGAAGACUAUUAUUUUUAAUCAAAAGAAAUUUACAUUUUGUUGGAAAUCAAAGUUUGAAAAUGUUUUGUUUCAGUAUGCCAGUGCUCUUCAAACUUGUGGUAAAGUAUUUGCCGAAGUAGAAACUUUAUUCAAUGAUAAAGAUUAUGAAUCGAGAAAAGGUUGGUUUAGAGAUGAAUAUAAUAAUGAAGGAGAUGUUGUAUAUGCAAAAGAUACACCAAAUGGAAGAAUGGUUACAAUUUCUGUGAGUUUCUUCUAACACAAAAUUCAUUGUAUUCAAUCAAGAAUUUCAGACAGAACUUCCAAUGAAUGUCGACGAUGUGAUGAAAGAAACAUGGAAUGGAAUGCCAACACUUCCAGAAUGGAAUCAAAAUAUUAAUUUCGCAAAGGUGAUCGCAAAUCCAACACCAAAUUUUGACGUUGUUACAGUAAGUUUAUGUCAGUAAACAAACUGUUAAAAUUGUUAUCUAUUUAUAGUAUGGUAACAAUGAUGUACUAGUUGUGAGUGGUCGAGAAUUUGUAUCAGCAAGAAUAUGGAGAAAAAUUGGAGAUCAUUAUAUAUUGGCAUCAAGAAGUGUAGAUAUCGCUGGAUUCAAAUCGGAACAUAAAAAUAAAGUUAGGUAA